UAGAUAACGACGAGCGCUACUUCGCCUAGAGUUCUCGCGCGAAAGCGGCGGUCGAGUGUUGCAUCGUCCCCGAAGUGAACGAGAAUCGAAGCUACUUUCGUUCCUGCUAAUCGACGCUUCACUACGAAUUACGCCGUUCAACACCCCGGAACGCGCGGCUGCACGCGCGUGCAGCGAGAAAUGACGACUCGCGGCAGCGCGAGGACGUAAAUUUCUCGCACCGGUGUUGUCGCUGUACAGAUCGUACGAGAAAAAUGAUAAGUAAGUUGAUGAGCUAGAGGAGCCGAUUUCGCGAUCUCGCGAACCCAAAGCCGACGGAAUUCCGGGAGACUACGCGUUCGUUCGAGGUGAAAGUCUCGUACACGAUACACGCUCGAUAUAGACUAAAUUUGUGUGACAGACGACGAUACUUCGACAGUCAUGUGAUCGUCAGUGGCUUCAUCGCGUACACCCCAUCUCAUGUCUACGACCUGUGAAGGGAGAUUUAAUCAUUGUAUAUUUUCUAAUGGACUAUUCAUAAUACUUGUCAAGAAUCUAUCGUAACAAUCAAAAUGGCACCCGAUCCAGUAACGCAAAUGAACACUUAUCGUUCAUAUGUGACGAUGCUGGCUGAUCCAGUUUCAAAGGAUGAGCUAAAACUGAAGGCAGCUCAGGAAUUAUCGGAAAAUUUUGAGAUAAUUAUAACUUCGUCACAAUAUCCGGGGUUCCUCGAUCACAUGAUGAAGAUCUUUCUGAAGAUAUUGCAAGAAGGGGAGCCACACUUUAUAUCGGAAUACAACAUUCAACAAGUCAGAAAACUGAUUCUGGAAAUGAUACAUAGAUUGCCAAAUACUGAAUACUUACGUCCAUAUGUCAGGCAAAUUCUGACUCUGGUGUCGAAAUUGCUAGAAACGGAUAACGAAGAGAAUGUGCUAGUCUGUUUACGCAUCAUUAUUGAGCUUCACAAGCAGUAUAAACCAACAUUUAAUCCAGAAAUACAAUACUUCCUCCAAUUUGUCAAAUCAGUGUAUAGCGAAUUACCAAAGAAUUUGUCGAAAAUAUUUGAACCACGUCCUCCUUUACGAGUAAAAGAUUUGUCAGAAAUUAACAUAGAAGCUCUAUUGAAAGAAACGUUUACGAUCACAGCAAUACAAAGUGAAAAGAAAGCAGCGGAUGGCACUGUCGUGACAUACAAUUUAAUCCCGAAGGCAGUGCUGUCCCUCAAAGUGCUUCAAGAAUUACCGAUAAUCGUGGUGCUGAUGAACCAGUUAUACAAACAGAACGUUCAUCAGGACGUAUCGGAUUUUGUUCCGAUUGUAAUAACAACCAUAUCUCUACAACCGAGUCCGCAACAUCGAGCAUCUCCAGGAUUCAAUAAGGAAGUAUUCGUUGAUUUUAUGGGCGCGCAAAUUAAAACGUUGUCUUUUCUCGCAUACGUGAUAAGAGUGUAUCAGGAUGUAAUAUCGCAAAAUAGCGCGAUGUUAGUCAAAGGCAUUCUAGGUUUGUUUACUCUGUGCCCUAUGGAAGUGGCGCAUUUGCGGAAAGAAUUGGUCAUUGCUUCUCGUCAUAUACUUGCAACCGAGCUACGUAAUCAGUUCAUUCCUCAUAUGGAGAUCUUCUUCAACGAGGACAUUUUUAUCGGACACGGUUGGACCGCUCACGAGGCUUUGAGACCACUGGCUUAUUCCACGCUCGCCGAUCUCGUUCAUCAUGUUCGACUGCAAUUACCACUAACCGACGUUUCGCGUGCGGUGCAUUUGUAUAGCAAGAAUUUACUUGACCAGACUUUACCCACCGCCGUUCAAAUGGUGUCCUGCAAAUUAUUAAUGAAUCUCGUGGACACCGUACGACAAAGAUCGGAUGCCGAAAAUAGUAGCCAGGGACGAGAGUUGUUAAUGCGAAUACUUCUAAUUUUCGUCUUAAAAUUUAAAACCAUCGCCAAGAUCUACAUCCCGAUACUGCGAAAUAAAACGAAACAGUUGCGACCUGCUACAACGGAAACUACAACUGCGGAAGAUGCGGCGAAACCCGCGAUUGCCGACGUAAACGAGGAAAAAGAGACAAAAUCAAAAUUUGGCUUCCCGACGUGCCAAGCGAUGAGUUACAACGUGGCCGAUUACAGAAAUCUGGUGAAAAGUCUUGUGCACGGCGCCAAGGCUAUUACAUCUAAUUGCAUUAAUAGCAGGACCAGCGAAGUACUGCAAUCGAAUCAAUUUCAACCGAAAGAGACGCUGAUUUACAUACAGCUCGUUAAAUGGGCGCUGCCAGCCCUGGAUAUCUAUACGAUAGGUCCUCCAACGAUUGGCGCACCUGCGCAAUCAGGUAGACCUGCACAACCCCAGACUAUACGAACACGCGAAGAAAAAGAAGUGUUGGAGCUUUUCGGCAACGUAUUUACGCAGAUGAAUCCUCAGACAUUCCAGGAGAUAUUCUCUAUGUCGAUAGAUUACAUGGUUGAAAGGAUUUUUAAGAAUUGCGCUUUACAGAUUAUUGGUAGCGCUUUCUUAUCUAGUCCCACCAUUUCCUCCACCUUCGCGACGAUAUUGGUGGAAUAUCUCUUAGAACGCAUGAGCGACAUGGGCUGUAACGUUGAACGAAGUAACCUGUACCUGCGACUGUUCAAGCUCGUGUUCGGCAGCGUCUCAUUAUUCCCAGCGGAAAAUGAACACAUGUUGAGACCGCAUUUGAAUCAAAUUGUCAAUCGCGCCAUGGAGCUCGCAAUGUCUGCGAAGGAGCCGUACAAUUAUUUUCUGCUCUUACGAGCGUUAUUUCGCUCUAUAGGUGGUGGCUCGCAUGAUCUGUUGUAUCAAGAAUUUUUACCUUUACUGCCUAACAUGUUGGAAGGACUCAACAGAUUACAGUCUGGCCUGCACAGGCAACACAUGAAAGAUCUUUUUGUCGAAUUAUGUUUAACUGUGCCUGUACGCCUCAGUUCGCUUUUACCAUAUCUGCCUAUGUUGAUGGAUCCUUUGGUUUCCGCUCUGAACGGCAGUUACUGUUUAGUGAGCCAAGGGCUUCGUACACUUGAAUUAUGCGUUGAUAAUCUUCAGCCGGACUUUUUGUACGAGCACAUACAACCGGUACGUGCUGAUCUAAUGCAAGCCUUGUGGAGAACGUUACACAAUUCUACCGAUCAGGCUCACGUAGCUUUCAGAGUCCUUGGCAAAUUUGGCGGUGGUAAUAGGAAGAUGAUGAUUGAGCCUCAGAAAUUGGAAUACAACGACCGCGAGACCAACUCACCCACUGUAGUCGUUCACUUCCAAGGAGCUUCUCAGCCAAUUGAUUUGCCGAUAGAAAAAGUACUUGAAACCGCGUUUAACGCAUUGAAGUCCAGCACAACAGAUCUGUUCUAUCGUAAGCAGUGUUGGGAGGUCAUAUACUGCUACUUAGCGGCGUCCAUGAGAUUAGAGACGGACAGUGCUGAUCUAUGGUAUAGCUUGUUCAGUCAUCCGAGUUUUAAGGACGGCGAGAUACCACAUCACCAGGAAUCUCAUUACAAGUGCCCCGAUAUUGUCGCACGAAAUGUACAACAAACCGCGUUGACCGGUAUGUUUAUCGCUGCAGAGGUAAAGGAAUUGAGACCAAUGGUGCUCGAUACCGUUAUUUCCGUCGUGAGACACUACACUAUGAUUGCUAUAGCGCAACAAGCUGGCCUGUUUUCUUGGGCAGAACGAGAUGUCCGCAUGCAAGGACAAGAUCCGCUUGUGUUAAUUGAUGCCAUCACUGUCAUAAUGGCUCAUGAUGAGAGGGAGCUGUACAGAUCGGGCUACUUGGCGCUUGUGUUAAUAUUGGACACUGCCACGAACAUUUUAGGCUCGAAGGAACGAGCUUGCCAGUUGCCCUUCAUGGAAUAUCUAGCGGACAGAAUGUGCUCAUUGUGCUACGAACGCGCCUGGUACGCUAAGUUAGGUGGCUGUAUUGCGAUUAAGUUCCUCUUUGAACGAAUGGCUACCAAAUGGGUCCUGAAUCAUUUAUUUGUUUUCCUGAAAGCUCUUAUAUUUGUGAUGAUGGAUCUAACCGAUGAAGUCUCAAACGGUGCUAUCGACAUGGCGAAAGAUAAUCUGGAAAAGAUGCUACGAGUCUGUGUUAAGCCUGUCAUCCCAGAAGGUAAUGCGGAAUUAAUAGAAGCACAGAAUAAGAGCCUGUAUGAAGUUACUCGCGAGUUGGUCAAGCAGGUGACAUCGCCACACACGAUCGUGCGUGAACAGGCCAUGGCUUCGUUGCGCCAACUCGCCGAAAUACAAAACAAAUCAGUAACGGAGGUGAUGGAACCACAUAAGGAAGUACUUGCAGAUAUGAUACCACCUAGGAAACAUCUCUUGAGACAUCAGUCAGUUACUGCGCAGAUUGGCUUAAUGGAUGGAAAUACAUUUUGCACGACGUUGAAUCCACGUCUAUUCACGGUCGACUUGUCUGUCGGGGAGCACAAGGUAUUCUUUCAAGAACUAUUAACUCUCUGCGAAGCAGACGAGGCGGCUCUUAGUAAAUUAGCGUGUUACAAAUCUGUUACUAAUUUAAUGCCCCUGAGGAAAUCGGCGUUACGUGCACUCGCUGCCUGCCACUACAUCGUAGGCUUUCGAGAGAAGAUAUUCGCAGUUCUUUAUAAAGCUCUGGAAAAGUUUAAUGCCGAGCUACAGGAAACCGCUUUCGAGUGCAUGAAAACGUUUAUCGCCGGUUAUCAGAUGGACAUGGAAAUGGUGCAUUCAAUUAUGCGACCAAUGUUGCUCACAUUGGGUGACCAUAGAAAUCUCAGCUUGAAUUGUGUUAGAAGAUUAUCGUAUCUGACACAACUUUUCCCAAGCACCUUCAGCAUUACCUUGUGUGAGCAAUUAUUACAACAUGUCAAGAAACUCCUGGACAAUCUAGUUCAAACUCAUAAAGGCAUAUCGAAGUCCGGCGAAAACGAACAAAAAAUUACCAUUAUCAUAGGCAUAUAUCACUUGAUUCCAUCGGCAAGUCCGAAAUUCGUCGAGUUGCUCACUAGACUCGUACUCCAAGCUGAGAAAUCGCUGUUGGUAGAACUAUCCAGUCCUUUCCGAGCACCCUUGAUGAAAUUCCUUCUUCGUUAUCCGAUGGAAACGCUCAAUCUAUUUUUGCAUGACAACUGCAUCAAAGAUCAACAGUGGAGCAGAUACUUGGAAUAUCUUAUCAAACACAAGGACGGUAAACCUUUACGAGACAUUUUGCACAACAGUACAACGAGGCUUGUUACAAUGUUACUUGCGCAUUCUCAAACGAACUCUAAUCUAACUCAUAUGGAAAAAAGCGAGUUGCAGUAUUGCGCAAUCAAAAUAAUUUCCAUACUUAUCAGAUUCGACGAGCAGUGGUUAUCCACGCAGAAUCAAUUGGUAGCCGCUCUCAAACAGAUUUGGUGCAACGAUGAUUAUCAGGUGAUGCACAAGAAGGUCGAGGGCGUCGAAUAUUGUCACUGGAAAGAACCGAAGCUCAUUGUCAAGAUCCUGCUGCAUUAUUUCCGUCAUCAACCGAAUGAUAUUGACUUGCUGUUCCAGUUGUUGCGAGCCACGUGUGAUCGGUUUGUCCCAGAUUUCCAAUUCCUGAGGGACUUCCUAGAGAACACGGUGGCACAAGAAUACACAGUCGAAUGGAAGCGAAGCGCUUUCUUCCGUUUCGUCGAACAUUUUCCCACCAACAAUAUGUCGCAAGAGUUGAAAGCCAAUGUGUUGCAGCUGAUUAUCAUUCCUUGCUUUGCAGUAAGCUUCGAAAGGGGCGAGGGUACUAAACUAGUAGGAGGUGCACCCAUGCCGUAUCAGGACAACCCUGAAAAUGUGGUGUCGGUAUUUAUUAGCAAAAUAAUCGAUCCGGACAAUCCGUUCGGUUCCGCUGACUGUGUGCGCAUCUCUCUGUUACAAUUCUCUUGUCUCUUAGUGGAACAGGCAUCACAACACAUUCAUGACGUUACUAAUAAGAGACAGGGGAAUAAACUACGUCGCUUGAUGACAUUUGCUUGGCCCUGCCUAUUGGGGAAGAAUUGCGUGGAUCCAACCACGAGAUAUCAUGGUCAUCUUCUUCUUAGCCAUAUUAUCGCAAAGUUUGCUAUUCAUAAACGUAUUGUUCUGCAAGUUUUUCAUAGUUUAUUGAAAGCACAUGCUGUAGAUGCACGUAAUGUUGUACGACAGGCGUUAGAGAUAUUGACACCAGCGAUGCCAGUACGAAUGGAAGAUGGUAAUACCAUGCUAACACAUUGGACGAAGAAGAUCAUUGUCGAGGAAGGUCAUUCAAUGCAGCAACUGUUCCAUAUCUUACAGCUUGUUGUGAGACAUUACAAAGUCUACUAUCCAGUAAGACACCAUCUAGUCCAGCACAUAGUGAAUUCCAUUCAACGGAUGGGUUUCAGCCCCACUUCUACUCUCGAGCAUAGACGACUGGCCGUCGAACUGGCGGAAGUCAUCGUAAAAUGGGAAUUGUAUAGGAUUAAAGAGGAAGCCGAGGCUGCAGAAUCUAGUACUGGCAGGGUGAUUGGACAAUUGAGUAAUAUUAAACGUUCAGUUAACGAGGAUUCAUCUGGUAAGCGAAUGAGCUCUCAGGUACCAUCCGGCAACAGUCCCGUGCCUCUCAUUUUACCAAGAAUAGAGCCAGGAUCAGCGAAACCGAUUGAGAGAGGUCAUGCGGAUGCCAUUUUGAAUUUCUUGCUGCGUCUGGCUUGUCAGGUGAAUGAUGUAACAACGAUUCAUGGUAAUCCAGGCGAGCAAUUGUCAAGACGUUGUGUAAAUCUGCUCAAAAUGGCUCUCAAACCUGAUGUCUGGGUUGCCGAACAGUGCGACCUUAAGUUAGCCUUCCUCGAUAAAGUUCUUGCUAGUGUGGAUUCUACUCAACCUAAUUUCGGUAAUAUUAGCACAGCCCUGGAAGUACUAACAUUUUUGUUGGGCGUGAUGAAGCGCGAGCAGAUACUCGCGAGCUUUAAACCAUUACAGCGUGGUAUAGGAGCCUGCAUAGCUAGUAGCAAUACUAAAAUUAUUCGUCUGGUGCACAGUUUACUAUCUCGAUUGAUGACUAUCUUUCCGGCUGAACCUACUGCCUCAAGUGUAGCUUCCAAGUACGAGGAAUUGGACACAUUGUAUACAACUGUAGGCAGAUUUAUUGCCGAAGGGUUAACUACGUAUGAAAAAACCACAACGGCUACACCCAGUUCUCUGUUUGGCACACUGAUGAUGCUUAAAGCGGCCUGUACCAAUAAUCCCAGUUAUAUCGAUCGUUUGAUAAUUCCAUUUAUGAGAGUAUUGCACAGAAUGACGAAAGAACACUUGCACACGACGCAAGCUGAGACGAAUCCUGUAACGAGCGAGCUGCUGAUUCUCAGCUUAGAUUUAGUGAAGAAUCGCGUGGCAGUAAUGGGCGUCGAAAUGCGCAAGUCAUUCAUAGGCACGAUCCUGGUCACUUUGAUUGAGAAAACACAAGACGUCAAAGUGAUGAAAGCCAUCACAAAGAUAUUGGAGGAAUGGAUAAAGAAUAAAACCACCAUCGCCAUCAAUCAGGCACCCAGCUUGCGCGAGAAAUCGAUUCUACUGGGGAAAUUGAUGCAGUAUGUGGAAAAACGUUUCCCUGACGAUCUAGAACUGAACAGACAGUUUUUGGAAUUGGUCAACUAUAUAUAUCGCGACGAGAGCCUGAACAAGUCGGAUCUGGCCUGCAAAUUGGAGCAGGCCUUCAUGGCCGGCUUGCGUUGCGUCCAGCCGCAAGUGAGAAUGAAGUUUUACGAGGUGUUUAAUUCGGAGAUAAGUAAAGUUUUGCAUGAUCGUAUGUUGUACAUCAUUGUUAGUCAAAAUUGGGAAAAUAUAGGACCGCAUUACUGGAUUAAGCAAUGCAUCGAGUUGCUGUUAACUACCGCUGUUAAUACCACUCAAAUACAAAUGACAAAUCAGGAUCUCUUGCUACCCGGCGUCGGGUCUAUUAUGACACAUGGUGUAGAAAAAGACAACAGGGACCAGAAGCUAUUUGUUUGUCGUCUCGGUCCCAUUAAAGAGGAGCCACAGGAUGUUGUCGAAAUAGCUGAAGGAGAGGUGAAGGAGACAUUGCUCGAUAUGGAUGCCUGGAUGUCUAAUUUUUCUAUAUCGGAUCCCACAGUCAGUGAGGAGAUCAUCGAGAAGCCCACCUUGGAGCAAUUGAUCAAAAAGCAGGGUCGCUUUAUGGAGGAUGUGAAAAAGGUCAAAACGGAACGACUGUUGCUGGCGAUUGCCCAACUGUGUCACAUGGACACAGGCUUGGCGGAAAGUGUUUGGUUGAACAUGUAUCCACGAAUAUGGUCCAUCGUGGAGGAACCUUUUUUCAACGCUAUAAAGAGAGAAGUAGUGCCAUUCGUCGCCAGUGGCGCGCACGUCAUCCAAAAGGACUGUCAUCCGAGUGCUCUUGGUACCUUUUUAGAGGCACUGUUUCACUGCAAUCCACCGGUAUCGAUAGCUACACCUGUGAUGAAAUACUUAGGCAAAUCGCACAACAUAUGGCACCGGAUAACGCUAAGCUUGGAGCAAAUGGCCUUGGAAAGUGACGAUAACGCGAGUCAAGCAAAGAGCAGGCGUGAGCCUGAUUGCUUCGAUUCUGAACAAGUCGAGGGUCUCAGUGCCCACUAUGAGCUGAUGAACAUGCUCUCGGAAAUGUAUUCGAUGCUACGCGAGGAAGACAUGUGGUCGGGCCUUUGGCAGAAAAGGCCACCUCAAUACAAAGAGACACUGCAUGCGAUCGCGUUGGAGCAGCAGGGAUUUUUCGAGCAGGCUCAAGGUGCAUAUGACGUUUGCAUGAACAAAUUUCGACAGGAAUAUAUACCUAAUCCGGCGCCUUACCAUUACAAUAAGGAAAUGUUGGUCUGGGAAGAGCAUUGGGAACGUGUAUCGAUGCAACUCAAUCAGUGGGACACGCUAAUGGAACUGGGUAGUCAUCCGAAAUACAAAAACUACUUUCUUGUCUUGGAAAGUGCGUGGCGUAUCCCUAAUUGGACGGUAAUGAAGGAAGCUCUCGCGCAGGUCGAACAUAAUUGUCCAAAAGAAAUGGCCUGGAAGAUCAAUUUAUACCGUGGAUACUUAGCCCUUUGUAACAGCGAGGAUCAACAUCUGACCGCAGUCGAACGUUAUGUGGAGCUUGCGUCUGGUCUUUGUAUGCGUGAAUGGCGUCGACUGCCACGUAUCGUUAGUCACGUCCAUUUACCGCUGCUGCAGGCUGCACAACAGAUUAUGGAGCUUCAGGAAGCGUUACAAAUACAUCAAGGAUUACUUCAUGGCAGAAGUACAUCCUUGCACGAUAUGAAAGCUAUCGUAAAGACAUGGCGUAAUCGAUUACCCGUGAUAGCUGACGAUCUCAGUCACUGGUCGGACAUUUUUGCCUGGCGACAACAUCACUACAAUUUCAUCUCCAACCACUACGAUUCGCAGCAGGAUCAAACGACCAACCAUUCCUUGCUCGGUGUACAUGCAUCGAUGCAAGCAAUCAUUCAUUUCGGCAAGAUUGCGAGAAAGCAGUCUCUUAGUGGAGUGUGCUUAGAAUCGCUGGCUAAAAUCUAUUCGAUCCCUACGAGCGUGCCGAUGGUAGAUUGCUUUCAGAAGAUACGACAACAGGUAAAAUGUUACCUGCAGAUGUCAACGAUGGGUGGACAGACCGAAUUGCAGGAUGCUCUGAACGUACUCGAAUCAACGAACAUGAGUUAUUUUACGAAGGAAAUGAUCUCUGAAUUUUACGCGUUGAAAGGUCUGCUCCUUUCGCAACUCGGCCGCUCGGACGAUGCCAACAAGGCGUUCUCUACCGCGACACAGCUUCACGAUACUCUGGUGAAAGCUUGGGCCUUGUGGGGCGACUAUCUUGAAAAUAUCUUUAUACGCGAUCCUCGACAGAUUUCCUUCGGCGUGAAUACUCUCAUCUGCUUUUUGCACGCCUGUCGCCAUCAGAACGAAACCAAAUCCAGGAAAUAUAUCGCCAAAAUUCUAUGGUUACUUACAUACGACGACGAUAAAUCAUCUCUUAUUGAUACCGUAGAAAAGUACGCUGUAGGUGUGCCAGCAAUUCAGUGGUUACCCUGGGUACCGCAAUUAAUGAUGUACCUGGUUCGUUACGAUGGCAAUAUAAUACUGAAUUUAUUAAGUCAAGUUGGUCGUAUGUUUCCACAAGCCGUCUAUUUCUCCAUACGUACUCUGUAUCUGUCAUUAAAGAUAGAACAGAGAGAACGGUACAAGAGCAAUGAAUUGGCAGCAGGGAAAAGUCAAGACGGUGUCGAAGAUCGAGGUCCCGGUGUAUCAGGCAAUGUGCCUUCGCAGCAGGCUAGGGAGCAGGGGCCGGAAACUGGUCAUACAGUUCGUGCCACACCUCCAAUGUGGAGAUGUUCAAAGAUCAUGCACUUGCAACGAGAUAUUCACCCCACUAUCUUGUCUAGUUUGGAGGGUAUCGUUGAUCAGAUGGUUUGGCUAAGGGAGACAUGGUAUGAGGAAGUUCUGAGACAAUUAAGGCAGGGACUAGCGAAAUGUUACGCAAUAGCAUUUGAAAACCGUGGUGCCGUCAGCGACGCUACUAUCACGCCGCACACAUUGAAUUUCGUGAAGAAACUUGUAUCGACUUUUGGUAUUGGAAUUGAAAACAUAUCUUCCUCGCAAAAUAUGAGCACGUUUGGUUCGGCGGCAUCGGAGUCCUUGGCACGUAGAGCGCAAGCCACCGUGCAGGACCCCGUCUUCCAAAAGAUGAAAGGACAGUUUACGAGCGACUUCGACUUUACUGUGCCUGGAGCCAGAUUGCUGCACAACUUGAUCAACAAAUUGAAAAAGUGGAUAAAGAUUCUCGAGGAAAAAACGAAGCAGCUGCCAAAAUCCUUCCUAAUUGAAGAAAAGUGCCGUUUCUUGAGUAACUUCAGCUUAAAAACAGCUGAAAUUGAGUUACCUGGUGAAUUUUUAAUACCUAGGCACUCGCAUUAUUCCGUGAAGAUAGCGAGAUUUAUGCCACGCGUCGAAGUCGUUCAACGUUACAAUACAGCUGCCAGGAGAUUGCGCAUUCGUGGCCACAACGGCCGUCUUUAUCCAUAUCUAGUAGUAAACGAUGCUGGUUUGGGCGACGCGAGACGUGAGGAACGUUUACUUCAGCUGUUACGCAUGUUGAAUCAUUACCUGAGCAAACAGAAGGAAACUUCGCGCAGAUUCCUCCAUUUCACCGUGCCCCGAUUAGUCGCAGUGUCACCACAGAUGAGACUCGUAGAGGACAAUCCGGCAGUGGUUUCCCUGCUGGACAUUUACAAGCAGGGUUGCGCCAAGUCGGGAAUUGAACACGACGCGCCUAUCGCCAGGUAUUACGAGAAACUGGCGGCAGUACAAGCGCGAGGCGCGCAGGCCAGCCAUCAAGUGCUACGGGAUAUUCUGAAGGAAGUGGAAACUUCAAUGGUUUCCAAGUCCAUGCUCAAGAAUUGGGCAGUGAAGGCAUUCCCUGGCGCUACGGAUUACUGGACAUUUCGAAAAAUAUUCACAUUGCAGUUGUCUCUAAACUGUUUUGCUGAAUAUGUACUUCAUCUAACGCGACUCAAUCCCGAUAUGAUGUAUAUACAUCAGGACUCCGGCUUGAUCAAUAUCGCAUACUUCAAAUUCGAUAUCGACGACACAUCAGGGGAGUUGGACGCCAACAGACCGGUACCCUUCCGCCUAACGCCCAACAUCCUCGAAUUUCUUACAGCUACAGGAGUUUGCGGACCGUUGACCGCUAGUACAAUCGCUACGGCGCGUUGUCUGGUGCAACCAUCGUUCCAAGUGCACGCCAUACUCCGUACGAUACUGCGGGACGAGGUAAUCGCGGAUCAUAAGAGAAAGGAGGACGCAGAGGGCACGUCACAAGCACCGACCGACCCGAAAGGCGAGCUCCUGAUAACGAUGGUAACCCGCGCGGUCAGCGCCAUCGUCACAAGACUGAACACCUUGGCGAAUUUCGACGGUGUCGACAGCAAGGUCAGCACCUUGGUCGCCGCCGCCAACAGUCAUGACAAUCUUUGCAGGAUGGACCCCUCGUGGCAUCCGUGGUUGUAAAAAUCCACUAUAUCCGGCCUAAAAAUCACGCUCCCGAAGAGUGAAAAAACGAUUAAGAUUGCGAUCAUUUUGAUAUAAUCUUAUUAGUUCUCUCACUCGUUGGAUUAUUGUAUACUAUGUAAUACUGUCAUUCGAAACAAUUAGUUAGGAUUGGAACACUUUGUUAGGAAGAGGACAAAGAUACACGUUAGACGAUAGGAGGGAUAGUAUUUAUAGUCUAUAUAAGAUGAUAUUGCUAUACAUAUUACAUCUUUUCAGACAUGUACAGCACGGUAAGACGAAAUUACGUGUAAGCUCUAAGCGACUUUUAUAUACUUGAAUGACCCGCCUCUUAUCGUGUACGUUUGUUACAUUAUCCGUAGUUUUUACAUACGGCGCACUAUUUGUCAAUGCACACGUCAGUGUAAUGUAAAGCCGCACUUUAGGUUCCCUUUUAGCGUAUUUCAUUCGACUGUAAGUAAAUUAUCGUUUAAGUAAUUUGUGUGUAGGGAUCUGAUACGCGAGAGUUCUCGUUAAGAGGCGGAAAAAGAGAAAAACACCUGAUUAAUAGCUCUUAUCUAUAAGUGACCUGACAAUUUCAAAUAUAUAUAUAUAUAUAUAUGAAUUAUAUCAAAUAAAAUAGUUCUUGC